CUGCAAGAAGAUCUUGAAAAGGUGCAAACAUCUCAAACCAGUUCAGAUGUUGCUGUUUCCUCAAGUUGCAGGUCUAUGGAAAUGCAGGAUCUAACCAGCCCGCAUAGCCGUCUGAGUGGUAGUAGUGAAUCCCCCAAACUCGAUAACUCUCAUAUAAAUAGUAAUUCCAUGACUCCCAAUGGCACCGAAGUUAAAACAGAGCCAAUGAGCAGCAGUGAAAUAGUUUCAACAACAGCAGACGGGUCUUUAGACAAUUUCUCAGGUUCAGCCAUUGGGAGCAGCAGCUUCAGCCCAAGACCAACUCACCAGUUCUCCCCACCACAGAUUUAUCCUUCCAACAGACCAUACCCACAUAUUCUUCCUACCCCUUCCUCACAAACUAUGGCUGCAUAUGGGCAAACACAGUUUACUACAGGAAUGCAACAAGCUACAGCCUACGCCACGUACCCACAGCCGGGACAGCCCUAUGGAAUCUCCUCCUAUGGUGCAUUGUGGGCAGGCAUCAAGACUGAAGGUGGAUUGUCACAAUCUCAAUCACCUGGGCAGACAGGAUUUCUCAGCUAUGGCACGAGCUUUGGGACCCCUCAACCUGGACAGGCACCGUACAGCUACCAGAUGCAAGGUAGCAGUUUUACAACAUCAUCAGGAUUAUAUACAGGAAAUAAUUCACUCACAAAUUCCUCUGGAUUUAACAGCUCACAGCAGGACUAUCCAUCUUAUCCCAGUUUCGGCCAGGGUCAGUAUGCACAGUAUUAUAACAGCUCACCGUAUCCAGCACAUUACAUGACGGGUAGCAGCAGCAGUCCAACAACGCCGUCCACGAAUGCCACUUACCAGCUUCAGGAGCCGCCAUCUGGCAUUACCAGCCAAGCAGUUACAGAUCCCGCAGCAGAGUACGGUACAAUCCACAGCCCGUCAACACCUAUUAAAGAUUCAGAUUCUGAUCGAUUGCGUCGAGGUUCAGAUGGGAAGUCACGUGGACGGGGCCGAAGAAACAAUAACCCUUCUCCUCCUCCGGAUUCUGAUCUUGAGAGGGUGUUCAUCUGGGACUUGGACGAGACAAUCAUUGUUUUCCAUUCCUUGCUCACUGGGUCCUAUGCCAACAGAUAUGGGAGGGAAUGUGACCAAGUUCACAUAGACGAUGUCUCUUCCGAUGACAAUGGACAAGACCUAAGCACAUAUAACUUUGGAACAGAUGGCUUUCCUGCUGCAGCAACCAGUGCUAAUUUAUGCUUGGCAACCGGUGUGCGGGGCGGUGUAGACUGGAUGAGAAAGUUGGCCUUCCGCUACAGACGAGUAAAAGAGAUCUACAAUACCUACAAAAAUAAUGUUGGAGGUCUGCUUGGUCCAGCCAAGAGGGAAGCCUGGUUGCAGCUGAGGGCUGAAAUUGAAGCCCUGACAGACUCCUGGUUGACACUGGCCCUGAAAGCCCUCACGCUCAUUCACUCCCGAACGAACUGUGUGAAUAUUUUAGUAACAACUACUCAGCUUAUCCCAGCAUUGGCGAAGGUCUUGCUAUAUGGUUUAGGAAUUGUAUUUCCAAUAGAAAAUAUUUACAGUGCAACUAAAAUAGGAAAGGAAAGCUGUUUUGAGAGAAUAAUUCAGAGGUUUGGAAGAAAAGUGGUGUAUGUUGUCAUAGGAGAUGGUGUGGAAGAGGAACAAGGGGCAAAAAAGCACGCCAUGCCCUUCUGGAGGGUCUCCAGUCACUCGGACCUCAUGGCCCUACAUCACGCCCUGGAACUGGAGUACCUGUAGCAGUCACCUAGCACUUUGAAGCCGCACAGCCGCCUGUGACCGGGGACACGUCCACCAAGCUGAGUCCCCAGUGGGCGCCAGACUCCAAACUAACAUUUCAGCAUUUUGACACCCAGCUGCUGUGGGUCCUCGCCUCCACCUCUGUGGGAAAUGAAGGACACCACACCCCUUUCUUCAGAACAGCUGUUGACUCCUAGUACUGUGAAUCCAUUGCAAAUAAGCCAUGAGAAUGUUCUAGCACAGUGCAGUGUGUCUUGGCCACAUUAACUAACCAUGGUUCGAACCUGUGAAGAAAGGACCUGCAGACGCUUUAUGUUUCUAGCAUCUUCAAUGUGACAUAAAACAGCUUCUCCAGUACAGCAAACUUGAUUGCACAACAAAGACUGAAAUGGGUUUCCUGAGUACCAGUGGGGGGAUUUUUCUUGUAAAGGUUUACUUUUUCUGGUGUCUCAUACCCAGGGUCUUCUGUACAUCUCUACUUAUUUAUGAACAGACUUUAAAAAAAAAAAUACAGCUUUAUCGAGGUAUAAUUCAAGAACCAUACAGUUCACGCAAACAGACUUUUGACAUCAGAUAACUGAAGAGACAGUAGCAUGAUGACAGAAGCAGUCAAAGGCCCUGGCCUCAUGACUCAGCAAGUACUUUGAAUUUUAGCACAUUGCAAAGUAGUUUAAAAUAUGUCUAAUUUAAACGUAUAAUAUGUACAUCACUGAGACAAUCAUGUACAGAAAGAAUUUUUGGUGUAAAUUUGUAAUAAUGGAUGAUUCUUUUACAUAUUGUUUAGGAAAAUGAUAUUGAAAGGUAGCAAUGCCUUGAUAGUGAAGUAUGAGGUGGACCUGCACAGACAUGCAGGGCCUUCUCCAAGUACUGGGUAUAAAUAUGUAGAUAAUGGAUUUUUUUUUUUUAAGAUCAUGUUGUCAAGACCAAAAGCAUGGAUGUCAAGUGUCAAUAGGAUUUUGUUUUCUAAUUUUUUUUUCCCCCAAUCUGUACUUUUUUAAAAAAAUGCUGUUAGGAGGGCCUUGGUAAAUAACACAUCAGUGUCUUAAACAAUUGAGGGGGAAGACAAGUCCUCUUAAAACCUCACUUUUUCAUUUUUAGCAUUAAUGUAGUAUAGCUAUUUGGCAAAGGACAGUUAUUCAAAUGCUUCUUCCCACAGAAAGAAUGUAGAUGAUGGAUAGAUUUUAUAAAAUGAAAUGGUUCAUGAAUUGGACAUUAGCAAAGGGACACUAUCAUGUGUCCAGAUGAUAUUUUCUUGUUUAAGGAAGGCCAUCACCACAUAUCUGCAAAUCAGCACAACUUUGUAUUACUUCCUUACGUUCAUGUUCUUUUUCUUUCCUUCCACCUCCCACUCCCGCCUCCCAGAAAAGUUCAUUGCCAGCAGUGGGACAUGGUCCAGUCAUCAUCACCAAGAAAAUAAUGCUACUCAUUUCACCCCAUUCUAAUUAUAUGACAAGCAUAAAUCUGAGAAAUGAAGUUUGUCACCUUUGUAAUACCCCCAAAACAGUUUAUCCAAAAGUAAUCCAUCAGUUUAUCUAGACACUAGUUUCUCUCAUCUAAAGGCCUUCCAUUGUCAUGAAAUUACUUUUUGGAUGAAUUUUCUUUAAUAGUAUAUUGGAGGGGAAAAAAGCCACCAGCUUUGACCCAAAGUAGCUACAGAGCUGCCCUAUCCUUUCCUAAGGUUUCAUGUUGCUGCUAGAAUUAGUCAGUUGUGAAUAUCUCCAAACUGUUUAAUCAUUGAAUUCAGUUGUUUUUUUCCUCUCUUGCUUGAAGCAAACAGAAGUCAACAGUUUUUUAGCCUUUCCAUUUUAUGUUUUUGUACUCUGCAAACUGAAAAGACAAAAGUUUAUCUUGGCCUUACUGUAUAAAGGUGUGUCGUGUCCACAACUGUGUACAGACUUUUUCUUCAGUUUGUGUUUAAAUUAAUAAAACUGAUUUGUGAAGUACUGUAA